AUGUUUCGCACUCUACUCACGCCUCUGAGUGCGCGUUUUGCGCUGUCUCCGUCUUCUCCUCUUCCAGAAGAGCACACUCAGCAAGAUGACUUUGCACCGGAAGACUUCGCUCGCGACGUUCUGAUUGACCUGAUGCGGGGAUUUGUCGACAAACUCAAGUUCGCCGAGACCAUGCAAGCAAAAUCAGACGCCCUUACAGAGAUCCACAAAGUUAUGCUUGAAGAUGCGCAGACUAAAGAUGUGUUCCGGGAGAUGGACGGCUUUCUGAUCGUCAUGAGUGUUCUGUCCACCAUGCAGGCAAUAACCGGCAAUGACCCCCAGAGCAAGGUCGAUGUGCUGGAAGCGGUCCGCCUAACGUUCGUGGUCUUAUCGGAAGCUCUCUACCAGCAUGCAGCCAAUACAGCAUAUUUCAAGCGGUCAGUGGGUUACGAGUCGCUGUCUCAGGCUGUCGUGGGCCUCGUCUCCGACCGCAGUACAGUAAGGCCAACGCUCGGAUUCCUUGUGUCUCUUGCGUUACAUAGGUUUGCGAUGUCUGGUCUCUUCGAGUUCGCCCCGGAUGUGGAUUACUCCCAGCUGGACCAGCGGAUUCGAGACUUCGAACCAGCGUUUGGGACAAUUCAGAUACCCGAAGCACUCAUCGUGUUGUUCAACUUUGUUACACCGGCAUCACAUGAUGACGCUGUACUGCGAUACAGCAUCCUCAAGCUAUUCGAGCGUCUCUCGUUCCAUGACCACAGGAGCCAAUGCGUUCUAAGCAGCUUGAACUUGGCUGAGCCGCUCUUCAAGCAGUAUUGCGUCUGGAAGGACGACGGCUCGGUUGUCAAGCAGGAACGGCAACUCAUCCAGAAGCUGCUGCGGAGGCUCGUCGAGGUGGGGACCAGCACGGCGGAGGCGAGGCUCAUGUUCCAGCAAGUCAUUCGUGCCGAUCAGACGCUGGAUGGGGAUGUGCUCGAAACCUUGCGCUCCGGAAUGAAGGUCAGAUGGCCAGAACACUUCUCGCUGGAGCCAAUGUCGGCUCUGCAGAUGUCGUUUGAUGAAAUGAAGGGGCUGCCUCCUUCUGGCUUCACAUUCAUGAUUUGGCUAUGGGUGGAAAGGUUUCCCAAGGACACAGCAUAUCCCAUCUUUUCGUGUCACUUGAAUGGCUACACCCUCGUUUCAUUGAAGCUUUGUCCGAAUGGUCACCUGGAGCUACACAGUGCAGCGGCUCGUGAUCCGACUCCGUUGAAGGCGUCUGUGCCCCGGACCAGAUGGACACACGUUACAUUUGUCCAUCACCCUCAUCGUUCGGCCAAUCCAACCAUUCGGAUUUUCACUGAUGGUGCCGUUACCGAUGCUCUGAACUGGGCUUAUCCCAAGGCAGAAGCAAAUCGCCAUUCUGGGUUGUUCGUGAUCGGCGACAGCUCCAGCGAUGUACCGUUGAGCUGGUGUGUCGCGUCGGCCUGUCUCGUCGCAUCGCCUCUCGCUGACAGCUUACCCCGUUUUAUCCACCACCUGGGGCCUCGUUACACGGCUCAUUUCCAGACUGCUGAACUAGCUAAGUUCCUCACCUAUGAAGCAUCGACGGCGUUGCACAUCUACAUGGACGGGGCGGCUCAGCAAUCCGUAGCAAGGGCCGACGUUACUCAGUUGCAGGCUGCCAUCAAGAACGGUAUCGGAAUCAACCAAGCGUCCGUCGUCUUUGCGCUGACGCCGUCCCAUACAAAGGCCGGGCUGCAAAUCGUUGAGGGCGACGUCUUCGUGAUGAAUCACGGCUCUCUGGAUUCGGCCAUGUGGCGGAUCGGAGGGGCGGCAGUUGCGCUAAAACUAGUACAAUUGGCCAGUACUGCACACGAAGUUUCACGAGCUCUGGGUAUCAUUUCGGAUGGGUUACGGAACAGCUGGGAGAAUUCUGAGGAUAUGGAACGCCUUCGCGGGUAUGACGUCCUAGCAGCCCUGCUACGUAGCAAGAGCCAUUUGAUCAAUAUGACUGGCUUCGAAACGCUUUUCGAGUUUUUGGGGCUUAAUUUCCGCUCGCCUGAGUACUCCACUAUAGUAAACACUGUGGCAUAUCGCGCUAUAGCACUCGACUUCCAGCUGUGGUCUUCCACGAAAGAAGAUAUCCAGCGUCUCCACUUGGCUCAUUUCCGAACCCUUUUGCAGACAAGCAAAUACAAGCGCUUCAACACCAGGCAGCGGAUCGCCAAGAUGACCGUUGUCCGCAAGCUGCUGUUCGUGCUGCAGACAUCUUUGUACCAGUUUGAGGUGCUACCCGCGCUCAUUGAAGCCAUAAAGGUAGUGGCACAAGCACAUUUCUCCGCCGAUGAUGCAAUCAAGCCUAUUGUAUCGUAUCUCGCAGCCAAUCUCCACGAAGCUGUCUCUGAUGUACCUUCACCACGCUCUGUGAUCUCACGGAUUGACUACCACUCUGCGCAAAUUAAAGCGGAGCACAUCUUUUCUAUGCUGGUGUCGAUCCUCGGAUCUCCCCCUGCGUUUGCGAAGUUUUCGAGCACCCUUCCCGUCCUCCAUCUUAUCGGGAUCAGUCUCAAUGCUUCGAUGACGUUUAGUCGAAAAUUUGAGCUCGUCAGUGGAUGGAACGUACUGAAGGUUGUGAUUCCCCACGCAUGGGAUCGCGUCGUGCAAAUGGCCGCGUUUGACGUGCUAUUUGGGCGAUCAGACGAACGGACGGAUCGUUCUUUCGUCGUGACUUGCUCGCACAUACUGCCUGCCAUCUUCGCGUCCCUCAAGUUGGUUUUGGAGAAGGUCGGAAGCGCUGCUGUAUCUGGGGCAGAUGAAGCACAUGGUGCGUUAGUUGAUUUUUAUGUCAAUGAUACCCAAGACACAGCGGAAGGCCUAUUGGAAGAAUUGAUGGAGUCACAUUCGGCCAGCCCAACUUUCCGUCAAGCAUUCAAAUCUCAAGCGACUACACAAGCCUUCAUAGAUGCGUAUAGAUCAUUUGUCGUUUCGAUAUCCAUGGCGGCGAACUUGUCACCGGGCAUCAUUCGAAUACUCGAGAAAUUAUCUCAUGUUGGACUGAGCAUCGCCCUUGACAAUGCGGUAUCAAGCGCUCAGAAGCAAGAGACAGCCCUCAACCCCCUCCCGUCUCAGGAAACUGCCAUCGACGCAGCAGCCCUUCUGGGCGCAAAGUCAAGAAGACGGCGGAUAGCGUCUGUGAGACUCAGCGUUCAACUUGGAGAGACAACUGUUAAGAGAUCUAUCGCACGUAUCAAUGAGUGGCGCAAGACUGUCAUUGCUACUGAGCGGAAGAGACUUAGGAAAACGGUUCUCGAUCUGCGAGAGCACCAUCGCCAAAUAAGCAGCUUGACAGACUGGGCGACCCGCUUGAUAAUUGAACGGGGUCUAUGGGCUGAUGUCAUUCAGGAUCGCCGCUGGCAGCUGGAUGAAACAGAAGGCCCUUACCGAGUGAGGAAGAAACUUGAACCUGCUUACGAAGAGCCAGUGAGCAGUAAGGUAGAGGCACAGUCACAUGCCGGAGAAUGGCAGAUGGCCGAGUCGGAUGGGCAAUCAGUCCUGCACCUCGAAGUUCCUUGGUCGGUUGCGGUGAAUCUUAGCGAGGAACUGUCGCCUGACUUUCGGUCAGAGAAUCAACUCCAGGAGGAGAUCGUUGAUGACAAGCACCGCCGGGUCCGACAUGAGCUCGAACCCGGUGACGUUAUCGAGGCGGCCAGCACUGUAGCUCGAAUAUCAGGCAUCGACUCUUCUCCCGGUCUUCUCAUAUUCGGGAAGACCCAUCUUUACAUGCUGGAUGGGCUUGUUCAGAAUGAAGAUGAAGAAGUAAUAGAUGCUCAUGAGGCUCCCAAGAAGCUCUUCUUUGUUCCUGGAAGCAUCGUUGAGUUGAAUGGCCCUCAAAGAGCCCAGCGCUGGUUCGUGAUUCAAGUGGUCAGUUACAGCGAUCGCUCCUUUCUGUUCCGCGACGUCGCGCUUGAGAUAUACUUCAAGGAUAGUAGAUCUCUCUUGGUGGUAUUCUUGCACAAACGUCAGCGUCAGGAGGUCACAGAUCGCUUGUCUCCUAUCGUGAACCGGCUCCUCUAUGAAGCGCCGCCACCCUCGCCGGCAAUGCUCAAGUCGCCUCUUCUUGCUUCUCUGAGUGCGAAGGUCCUUACUGGGCUCCGUCUGGACGAAUUGUCCACGGCUCAACGAAAAUGGCAAACGAGAGAAAUCUCCAAUUUCACAUAUCUCAGCAUUUUAAACCAGAUCUCCGGUCGUACCCCUAGCGACGCUACACAAUACCCUGUCUUCCCCUGGGUCAUAAGCGAUUAUACUUCUGCUACACUGAAUCUGCGUUCGACAGAUACUUAUCGCGAUCUCACUCGUCCCAUGGGUGCACUGACCCCAGUUCGUGAAGAAGCUGCUCGAGCUCGGUAUGCUGCGCUUCAGAGCGUUGGCGAGAAACCUUUCCACUAUGGCACGCACUUCAGCUCGUCGAUGAUCGUCUGUCAUUUCCUGAUUAGGUUGGAGCCGUUCAGUCAUAUGUUCAAGACGUUGCAGGGAGGCGACUGGGAUCUACCAGACAGGCUAUUUAGUGACGUUCGGCGAGCAUAUGAGAGUGCCUCACAGGAUGUUCGUGGAGACGUCCGGGAACUAAUACCGGAAUUUUACGCUUUGCCGGAAUUCUUGGAAAAUUUGGCCCGUAUAGAUUUCGGCGUGCAACAAAACACUGGCGAGCGGAUCGACGAUGUCAAGCUGCCACCUUGGGCCAAGCAGGAUCCGUUGUUGUUCGUUGUUCUGAACCGUGCGGCACUGGAGAGCGACCAUGUCAGCGAACAUUUACCUCAGUGGAUUGACCUCAUAUGGGGAUGCAAGCAACGAGAUCCAGAUUCUGAGAACGUCUACCAUCCACUAAGUUAUGAGGGCUCCAUCGAUCUCGAUGCCAUUACGGAUGAUUUGGAGCGUGAGGCAACAGUAGGAAUUAUUCACAACUUUGGCCAGACUCCACGCAAGCUCUUUCAUUCGCCUCACCCCGAGAGAAUGAUGCACGGGAAUUCAUCAUUGUCUAUUGGUACACUGUACGGUGUGGCCGAAGACUACCACUUACUGUCGCAAAGUGCAAAGGUAGCCAAAGAUCUUGGUCCUGGUCGUUUCGUGCGCGAGCUUAUAUACGAUCACAUCGGCCAACGGAUCAUCCCUUGCUCGAGUGGCAUGCUCUGUGUCCCCUCGCAUCCCCAUGAGCAGAUUCAGUGGGAUCACCGAGGAGGCGCCGUAGGCGAUCUCAAAAUCCUUGUCGAUCAAAGGAUUGUGCAAGUCGUGGAAGCUACUGCAUGUUCCUGCGCCGCGUUUGCGGAUGCGAACACCCUCAUCACUGGCUCCAACGACCAUGCAGUCCGCUUGUGGAAGCUUCAGCGGGGGUCAGGGCACUUACAUCGACAGGCGCCUCUAAGUGCGACGUUGACCCACAUCAUGCGCUCUCACACAGAGGAGGUGCUGUGUGUGACUGCUUCAAGGGCGUGGUCCAUUGUUGUCAGUGGAUCGAAGGAUGGUAGCGUGGUCUUCUGGGACCUCAAUCGGGGCACGUACGUACGGUCGAUCUGGCACGGCCCCGGGGACGAUACGGAUGUCUUCCUUGCCGCUGUAAACGAGAGUACUGGCUAUGUGGCGACGUGUUCGAGACAAAGACUUUGCCUUCACACCGUCAACGGACGACUCAUCGCGUCUCUGGACCUACUUUCGUCAGCGAUGCAUGAUUCGUACCCGGCAAUCACUUCCGUGGCUUUCCUCGAGCGAGACUACGCACGCGUUGGUGUGCUAGCAACAGGUAGCCCCGACGGUACCAUCGCGUUGAGGACGUGGAACGCCGACAAAACGCCGGAGAACGAGAAAGCUCAAUGGGAGUUUGUUACUUUGAAGACGUUGAAGGUGAAGGGGCCUGAUGGGCAGGUACAGCCUAAGGGCUACAAUCCGUGCGUGACGGCACUCAAAUUCGUUGGCGAAUGUCUGUAUCACGGCGAGGAUACCGGACGCGUCUUCUCUUGGGAUCUUCCAGAUUAA